UUUCUGUUAUUGCGUUCACAGCACUUGCAUAGCUCUGGAGGGCGGGACUGGCUUCACCGUAACUAUUGAUCCAAAUUGUGUUUGGUGUCCGGAUACGAGAUCUUGUGGCGUACGCGACUUCACCUGCCCUAGCCAACAGUACCCUACUCGUUUCCGUGCCAGCGGACAACGAUGCGUUGGGCAACCAGAGCCGAUGACCUUCUCCGGGUCUAUUAUCAAGUCCCCUGUAAACACAACAGGAAUUUUUAAUACCACGAUAUCCUUCUCAUGCCAAGCAAAUGCAAACGCGCCCAUCACGUUCUCCUGGAUGAGACUGGUUGGCUUGGAGAUGGUUGCCGUGCCAACGUCUCGCAGCACGGUGACGAGCGUAGCGCUGGGGGACGAGCUGACGGAGACCAGCACGCUGACGUUGUCCGGUGUGACAGCAGCCGAUGGUGGACAGUACGUGUGUUUGGCCAGGAACACUGGAUCCUUGCCAGUCCAAUCUGAACCAGCUACAUUGUUCAUCCGUCCAUACAUUGAGUCCGGUCCCAGUAACACAUUGGUAUUCCUGUCUCAGGCAUUAACAAUGCGUUGUGGUGGUGAUGGAUAUCCGACACCGUCAUUCCAGUGGUUCCACGCCGGCACCAACAUAGCCAUGUAUGCCAGUCUGUAUCCGAACAUUCACUUUGUGGGAGCGUCCGGUCGUGACAUCAUCAUCCAGCCCACUACCCUGCAGGUGGCUGGUUUGUACGUGUGCCGGGUGGUGAGCAUACAUGGCAUGGCGCAGACUGAAGCGGCCCAGCUUACCGUGAUCGAUGCUGUUCCAGCAAACAGUUCCGUUCACACUCCUCUGGUUGGCAGCGCUCUAGUCCUGUCCUGCCCAGACAACAAUGGCCCCUUUGAAUGGCGUGUAAACGGGACACUAAUUGCAGGUGCUACAACCAGUGAACUGACGCUCAGUAACAUCCAACCUGCUUCCAGCGGCCGUUACCUCUGCCAGCAAGCUUUCCAAUUCUUCGUCUUCGUCUCGUCACCGGCUCGGAUUGCCCGGGCGCCUAGCAACGCCUCGGUUACUCAGGGAACACCUGUCGAGCUUCGCUGCAAUACACAGGCCAAUAUUUACCCGCCAGUGACCAUCAACUGGCUGUACCAGGCAAUAAACAGCCUUGGAGAGCCAACCGGAGAGCGUACGUCCCUCUCUCUGGCCGUUCUUUCCGAUAAUCUCAUCUACGCUGGCGGUCAGGUCCUGCGUUUCAGCUCGGUUCAGAUAAGUGAUUCGGGUUUGUUCACUUGCUACGCCAGCAACACACUCGGCAAUGUCACAGCAACGGCAAUGGUCACUGUCAACGUUCCUCUUGGCACACCUAACUGUCCAGUGUCGGCUCAGUUUCAGACUGGAGUUGCAGCUUCGCCGAUUGUCAGCACGUGUAGUGUUACGGGACCGAGCGGAACGGUAGUGCAGAUCCGACAAGGCUCCAGUCUCCUGCAGAGUGGAGGGCGUAUUGAUAUAGGCACAGAGCGCAAUGUCACUGCCGAUCUGCACACUGCCACGCUAUCCAUCGCAGAACCAGUGGCUGGUGAUCAUGCAUUAUACGCGUGUGAGGCCAGUUUCAAUGGUGCGUCAACGCGAUGUGAGUUCUUCCUUUCCACGACUGACACUGGUGGAAAUGUUGGGUCAUCCACGUCAUCAAACACAUCAGUACUACCUACAUCUGACAUGGACUCCCGUGUAACCCAGGCAGAUAGCAGCGCAAAGCAGCAAGCAUUGAUCUACGGCGGAGCGUCAGGCAUAGCGACAGGCGGUUUUGUCUUCGGUCUGCUCGUCGCGUUUCUGGCCUACAGAUUGAAAAAACAAACUGGCACUGGGAAAGAGUGCAAGAUGGUGUCGGAACUGCCACAUUCGUCGAUGAGCAUGGCCAGUCCGCACCUGACCAUAAUAGGCCAUGACUGCUGUGAUCAGUCGUCAUCGUCACUGCACGGGUGCGAUGAUCUCAGUGUGGUCGUUCGGCAGCAUGGCUCCAGGGAUGAACUCUCUGCCUGUUCACAGAAUAGCCUGCCUGCGCUGUACCGGCUAGCCGGUAGAUACAGUGUACCUAAACGGACCGCCGCCGCUGCUGCGAGUAACCAGAGUACUGGUGACAGCGAAAACCCUCCGCCUGGUUCGCCGCGUGCGGCGCAUAGCUUGCAGAGCUUGCCGUGUCAUGACAACGCCGUCGCCAAGUGUCUGUCCACACACAGCAUCCUGUCCAUGUUGAGCAGCAGCAGCAGCAGUGCUGGCGGUGGGCACACAAACUCAGCAUCGAACCCCCGCAUGGAUCGGUGCCUAGACUCUGCUAGUGUGCCGAAAACACCGCCAACAGCAGCUGGCCACGGCCUGGAGGAUGAUCGUGCCUGUUUAGGCAACGAAGUAUCCGUGCCGUUGUCCUCUGUGAUGUACAGCACUACGAGUGAUCAUGCCCGUCUAGACAGCAUAGUCUCCGUGCCGUCGUUGUCCCCCAUGGUGUACAGCGCCACGAAUGACGAAACGUUGUACGACUCCGAAUACUCCACUAUUGAUAUUAAAGAUGCGCGCUGUCACCGCGACCGUAGUAACCUUUUUAGCGAUGUACUAUACGACGAGGUGCCAGGGGGCAACUCUAUGCCUAAGGUGAUCGACAGCAAUGCCGAUGAUUAGAUGUGGGUGUGUGGGCGUGUGGACGUGUGGACGUGUACGAAAGGGUGUAUGGGUGUAUGGAUGUGUGGGUGUAUGGAUGUGUGGGUGUAUCGGUGCAUGGGGAAGAGACGAGCUUGUCUACACGGGACGCUCGUAGCUCAUGCUUUUUACGCACUCCGGAACCCAACUGCGUUUUCGUCUAACAGCGACUACAUGUACGUGGGUGUGUAUGUGUGUACCGGUGUAUCGGUGUAUGCAUGUAUGCGUGUACCGGUGUAUCGGUGUGUGCGUGUAUGGGUACUUGGGAAAGAGGCGCAGAUGUCGACGCGCGACGCUCGUUUCACAUGCUGUUUUCCACUCCGAAUGCCAGCUGCACUGCAGUCUGAUCAUGCCUCUGCGUACAUGUACUAUUCAGUGUUAGUAUUUCUCAAUAUUUUUAAAAAAUACUUUUCUAUGCUAUCACUUCUACUCACUGUUGCUGUCAAGAGAGACUUUACUUUUUAAUCCUUGACUCUCCAUCCGAGUAUGAACUCACUGCUGUGUUAAGAAAAAUUAGCGCUGGUGCUUUGUAAACCGGUCAAUAGAACUGCGUACUUGUAAGUUAAAACGAGGUGUCAAUGCUGAACGCUGAUCGCCUCACUGGAAUUGUACACGUUAUAUUCACGGGUGUCCGGAAGCCAUCGCAUGCUCCACGGUGCACAUUGCAAAAUAUUUUGGCGCCAUAUAUUUUAAACUAUUUUAGACUUCUCUGAACCGCCCAAGGGCAUGUUUUUAACUUCAUCUUUUUUUUUAACUUGUACCGCACACAGCCCCCCCCCCCCACCACCUUUUUUUAACCUCCAAACCCCAAUCCCACUGUCUGUGGGCACUGCAUUACGAGUGCCCAGUGCAUGUGUGGGAUGAUGUUGAAACGCUUCAUUCAGACGUUACGGUGUUUACGGCCUUACGGUAAAAAUUCUGCCAUUGUUGGAGACCAGUCGUGGCCACACUAUAUGUCUGUGUGUUUUCUCCCACGGCUAAAGUCACGUCGUGACCUGACGUUGAGGUCAUGUGACCUACUAUCAAGGUCAUGUUGAUAAGGGUUGAGGUUGCAUGAUACAGUGUGAAUGUCACGUGAUCGGCGCGAAGUAGAAUUAGUUUCGAGCACUUUUUUUCCUUGGGAAAUGCCAAUUCUCUGGCUACCUUGUUAAAAGCAGGCGUUGUGCCAUGUAUUCAAGAGUUUACCUCCAAUUCUUUGCAGCGUUUCUCUAUAUUUCGACAGGCUUUUUCCCCCGAGUUUGUGUUUUUUCUCGACUUUGUAUCAUGUGCAUGGGAUGCAGCAAAUGCGUGCCUGUAUCCUUGGUGAUACCACAAAAUCCUUUUCUUGCUUCCUUUUUUCCACGUUUAAAAUGUCCACCUCAUUGCCAAGGGAGACACCUGGGAAGGGCGAAAUGUAUUUAUUUAUUCACAAUCACGUGGCACUAGCCAAUGAAAAGGUGAUGUGGGCGAUAGCCGGCCAUGGCGGUAAUAGAGGGGAGGAAGAAGAAAAGAUGAAAGGGGAACGGAAAUCACUGUCAUGUUCUUUCAAUGGCGGAAUAAUUCCUGCGGUUUUCCGCAGAAACGACCAGGUUGACGCCGGAAAUUUGAAAAUUGACUAUCCUGGGGGAGUCACUGAUUAUGCUGGCAUGCUGGGAUGUGCUGUGGGAUUAUUCCCGGCUUUGUUCCAGCACUAUCCUGCGCAGAACCGACCAAGCCUAGCUAGAUGUGUUAUGGAUUUAUACGGUGUGCUCACUGAAGCUGUGUGCGUGUGUUUGCUUUUGGGUGGCUAGAGGAGGACUGUGAAUAUGGCCUACUUGCGCUGCAGUGCUUGAAAUGAAUGAUGCAUUUCUCCCUGUUCCAUUUUGUACAUGUUGUGCCCGAUUGGCCACGGUAUGGUGCCAGCAUCGGCCACAAUGGGCGCUUUCGAUUACACGUUUACACAAUUCUGGAACUGGUUUUUAAAUUCUGGAAUGACCAGAAUGAGCGUAUUCCGGCCUUGCAAACGAACGACUGGAAUUCACAACGAUUUUAUUCAUGUCAUAUCACAAACGAAAUUGAUGAAUCCCAAAAAGAGAUCACGUACACCCUCGCAAUCGAUCGCACGCACGUGGACCUAGCAUCGCGCACACGCCGGCCAGGGAGGCUCUUCGCGCGCUUGAGUCAUGACCAAACCGGUAACACACCCACAGUGCAAUUCUGGCGCCAGAAUUAGAGAAAUUCCGCCUUCUCUUUAGAAUUGAUGGAUUCGACGGAAUUGGAUAAAAUUAAUUCUAACGACGGAAUUUGUCACUUUUUGUGUAAUCGAACUGUGCAUCAACCUGUCCCUCCAGGAACUUGCGAUUCCGCGCCCGCGUUGUUUUCCACAAUUUGAACAAAAGUCCGUGAUAUCCGCGAUAUUUGAAAAAUCAUCCGCGUUAUUGUUGAAAACUGUCCUUGAUACUUGAAAAGCACCGCGAUAUUUCGAAAAGCAACCGUGAUAUUCGAGUCUUUCUUCGAUGUUGUUUAGUUCUUGAAGCUCGUCAGUAGUUUACUUGUGAGAUCGACACCAGAAUGGAGAAAUUUCUAGGCAAAUCAGCGGCUGACAAGUCACAAAAUAAGGCUCGCGUCGAGUGUUGUCCGAGGAUGGAGGAAAGCUGUCUUGCAAGCUCCUGUCAGGCAGUUGAACACAGUCAGCGCAGCACACGUUCUGUUUUGUCAUGCAUGAUUUAUGCUGUACGACUCGUACAUCGUACACCACUACAGUACAAGUACCAAAUCGGCCGCAAUUUCCGCAAUUUUACCAGAAUAAUCCCGCAAUAUUUGACAAAAUCCGCAAUAUUCCCCGCAAUUUGUGGCAUUUUACCUCGCAAC